AAUGCAAGGUUCAUGCGUCGCGUCCCAUGGCAGCGUUUUGUGGAGUCCCAGCUACAAUCCAAGUGCGUGAGGGCUUGGUGUGACACAAGUGCGAUGAGAGCCCCACGCCAUGGCUUCUUUCUUUCCAAUAAACCGUUUUUUUCUUUUUACAGAGGCGAUGCUACAAAAUAGGGUCUGUUAUCCAGCGUGGUGGUGGAGGAGAGGGAGCUGGAUGGCUUUGUCAGAUCAUUGGCCAGCAGCGUGCCUUUGGAUGGAUUCAUGCCGAGUGGAAAGGUGAUCCUCGCUCUCUCUCUUCUUUUGAGAGAUGCAAACAGGGAGAACAGCAUUGCUGAGGUAGAGGUGAACCUUCAGCCGUUGGUCCUUUCGGAGGCCAUUAUCUUUUGCUCGUGAGCAUUAGGUCAUCUCUUGCGGUUGCUGUGUAGCGUUGUGAUGAUCGUGGACGUUGCAACAAGGAUGGUGUUUGCAUUGUGACGUGUGAAGCUCACGGGGGAAGGCGACAGCCUUUAAUUUGGAGGGGAUUGCGUGGAAUAGUGCAAGUUCAUUCAAUUGUCCAGUGUAGUAGAGCUGGGAAGGGCGUUAGGAUGAGCGUCUCAUGUAACAGCCGACAAUUUAUCAGCGCUCCUGUUUCUUCGCCGAAAAUUGAGCGCUGUUUAUUGUUGAGGCGAGCUUGCAACAGACCUGCGAAAUGUCAUACCCUCUGCGGUUCGCAGAUAACGCUGUCGAGGCGAUGGCUGGGGGGUGAUGGGAUUAUGCGGUUCAGGCGACCCAAUUUGUACUCGUCUCGAAUUUCAUGGGAGGCACGUCGCCAGCGGCAGAGGAACCUUGUUUUGAAAAGUUCUUUGGACUCCGACUCUUCGACUGAGGGUGCCGAGUCUGGUGACCUAGGCAAGCCUGCUAGCUCGAUUAAACCCACUCAAUCCACAUUCGGUCAUGAUAUUGUGUCGUCCACCUCCUCUGAAUCAGAACUGGAUGGCUGCAUUGCGGAAUUCUUGCCACCUUCGGAACAGCAGAGGCGAGACUCAGAUUUAUCUACUGUUCUUCGAAGAUUCUGGAAGGUGGCAGCCCCCUACUGGAGCUCAGAAGACAAAGUGAAGGCACGUCUUUGGUUGGCUGGAGUCUUCGCACUUACUUUAGCUACCACAGGCAUUAGUGUGGGCUUCAACUUUCUCGGGCGAGAUUUGUACAAUGCCCUCGGGAGCAAGGAUCAGGAGCAAUUUUACAACAUUCUCGUCAAAUAUUUUGUAGCGUUCAUCGGAGGAAUACCAGUUUUUGUUCUGCGAGAUUAUUACAGAGACACACUAGCUCUCAGAUGGCGUGGGUGGAUGACAACGCGUUACCUGGACAAAUAUUUUGAAAAUCAAACUUUUUACAAAAUCCAGUCUCAGUCAAUUAUUGAUAAUCCCGACCAACGUAUUGUUGAUGACUUGAAUAGUUUUUCCGGAAGCGCUCUGGGGUUUGCUCUCUCUUUGUUCAACGCGAUUGUCAACCUACUAUCCUUCAGCGGAAUCCUCUAUGGCAUAUAUGCACCAUUGUUUUAUGUUCUCCUUGUUUAUUCAAUUGGAGGGACUGCCCUAAGCGUGGCACUGGGUAAGAACUUGGUGGGUCUUAAUUUUAUGCAAGAAAAGAAGGAAGCCGAUUUUCGGUAUGGAUUAGUUCGCGUACGUGAAAAUGCAGAAUCGAUUGCUUUCUACGGGGGGGAGUCGAGCGAGAUGCAACUCCUCGUCCAGCGAUUCAAGCAGUCCUUCGACAAUUACACCCAACUACUGAUAGCAUCGAGGAACUUGGACUUUUUUACGAACUUCUAUCGCUAUCUCAUCCGGCUCUUGCCGGCAUCCGUAGUAGCACCUUUGUACUUUGCAGGCCAGAUAGAAUUCGGUGUCAUCAAUCAAUCUGUUUCGGCAUUCAACAAUGUUUUGAGCGACUUCUCCAUUAUCGUUUAUCAAUUUCAAUCCCUUAGUGCUUUUUCUGCAGUAAUCGAUCGGCUGAGUGAAUUUACUGACAUUUUGGAAGAGCAGAACUCUCUAUCACAAGCCACAUUUCAAAAUACAGAGACCUCAAUUGAUCAACCUGAAUCUUCAGAGCCACUAACAAGUUCGACUUCACUGUCAACAGCAAGGUCGCGUAUAAAUUUAGUUGACGUCCAAGAGUCGCCAAGCACAUCUCAUCCUCUCCUCGUACUUGAGAAUGUUACAUUGUAUACACCUCAGUAUUCCAUGUCACUGUUUAAGGACCUUUGCUUGGUAGUAAACGAAGGAGAGAAUUUGCUGAUCAUGGGCGCAAGUGGGAGUGGAAAAACAUCCUUGUUAAGGGCCAUUGCGGGGCUGUGGAGAUCAGGUUCCGGCACAAUCAAGCGAUAUGUGAAACAUCGUGUGGGGGGAGCAGAACAGGAUGGUGUAAGUGAUAAUAAUCAGUCGCAGAGUGACAAAGGUUUAAGCCCAGACAAGGAAUGGAUCGCUGAGAAUGGAGGACUCCAAGUUGAGACUAAUGGUGCCUCAGUGCAAAAUGCCAAAAGUAUGGGCAGCGGUGAGGUGUUUUUUUUGCCACAACGACCAUACAUGGUACUUGGCACACUGCGUCAGCAGCUGCUGUAUCCUAGGUGGAGUGAAGUUGAAAUGAGCGGGGAUACUACUAAUGGUUCUUUGCCAUUUCUUCCUAAACAAGACAACACCAAGCCGAAAGUAAUGCGGGGCCUACCCCCAAAUGAUGAUCAGCUCGUUGAGGCGUUAGAGCGUGUUCAAUUAGGUCACUUGAUGGAUCGAUGUGAUGGUUUGGAUUCUUCUGUGGAAUGGGCCAGUGUUUUGUCCCUCGGAGAGCAACAACGCCUUGCAUUUGCACGCCUUCUUUUGUCUCGACCUCAAUUAGCUCUCAUGGACGAGUCAACCAGUGCGUUGGAUGAGAAAAAUGAGGUAAGCCUGUACGCGGCCGUGCAGGAAGCUGGCAUAACAGUCGUCAGCGUAGGACAUCGCAAUACCCUCCGACGUUUCCACAAGAUCAUUUUACAGUUUGAAGAGUCCAGUGGAAGCAGUGGCCGGGAGUGGACAAUUUCAAGGAUUGCAAAUGCCGACCCUGCACCUGGAAGAGUAGGUUGAUAGGCAUCAGAUGUAUCAAAAUCUUCACUUUUAGGGCAUAGUUCUCCCCUUCCUCUUCCACAACAAUGUUGCAGGAGUUGCAGGUGCGUUGUGGAUGUUUUCUUCAGGUCUGUGAACCCACCACUUCAGCGAUGCCCUGCAGGAGUUGUAGCUUGUUUAUCACUCUUGUACCAAGAUCUGUAAUAGUAUACCCAUUCUUGCUAGCUGAAGACGCUGUUUCUGUUGUCCGCUCAGAAAUGUAGAGUGCCUCUUAAGAGCUCCCGAUUAUGGUGUCAGACCUGAGUGUGAAAUCACUUCGAGUAUUCGAUGAAAUUUUUAUCAAGGUUUUAUUAAAGAAAAAACCAACUACUACACAUGGAAAUCCAUGUAAUUGAUUUUGUGAUAAUUCAUAUAUUUAUAAAUAUAUACAUUUUUAAUGUGGCAUGUUAA